AUGGACGACUUCUUCGACCGCACGGCCGCUGAGGGCAGUGAGGAGGAAGAAGAAGAAGAAGAAGAAGAAGAAGAAGAGGUUGAUGAAGCGACCGGCCAGUCUAUCAACCGACCGCGCAAGUCCAAGGCUACAAACGGCGAUCUUGGUGAUUCUAGCGAGGAGGAAGACGACGAUGAUGAGGAAGAGGCGCGAAGGGUGAGGGAGGGCUUCAUUGUUGAUGAAGACGAAGAAGAUGAAGAGGAGAAGCAACGAAGACGAGAGCGGCGCAAGCGUCGGCGCGAAGAGAAGGAUGCAGAGGACGAGCAGCUGGAUGAGGAAGACCUGGAUCUCAUCGGCGAGACGCAUCCGGAUUAUGAUGGCCGCAAGGUCGAGCAGAGCAAGUUCAAGAGGCUCAAGCGGGGUCACAGGGAAGACCGCCCAGCAAGUGAGGCGCGUGGGGUUGAGGAUAUCUUCUCCGAUGAGGAAGAAGGUGCGGAUGGCGCUACAGCCGGACGUGGCCGACAAUUUGGGUAUCCUGGCGAUGAUCUGGAUGACUUCAUCGAGCAAGAUGAGUUCCCUGAUGAGGAGGCUGGCGGUGCGGAUGAGGACAUAGGCAUUCGAGCUCCUAAGCGAGCUGGCUUCGCUGAGUUUCAGAAUCUGAAAGAGUCCGGGCUCGAUGAGGUAGCGCUUGAGGACAUGCGUGGUGCUUUUGGAGAGGGUGACGAGUUUAGUUGGGCUCUGGAUGCCGAAGCUGCGCAGAACCAGGACGUCACAGACCCAGACAAGCCGCUCGAGCUCAAGGAUGUCUUCGAGCCAUCUCAACUCGUAGAGAGGUAUCUCACCGAUGACGACAAUACCAUCCGAAUGACGGACGUUCCAGAGCGUUUUCAGCUUCUGCGUAAGCCGUACAAAGACUUGAAGCUGCUGCCGGAAGAGGACAUUGAGAAGCGCACUGCGGAAGAGGCGACAUGGAUCACCAACAACAUGUUCCCGAGGAAGCGGGAGCUCAGCUCGAAGAUGCGAGACCCGUUCGAGCAAGCAAUCAAGCAGGUACUGCACUUUAUGAACGUUGACGACUUCGAGCCGGCAUUCAUCUUCCAGAACCGCAAGGAUUAUCUCAUUCAUUCCGAGCAGGUGCCUACUGAUCCGGACCCAGAUCAUCCGGGAGCGCCAGACUAUAGCGUCCACGCCGAGAAGCUGCUGAAUCAAGACGAUUUGUGGAGCAUACUCGAGCAAGACCUCAAGUACCGCGCCUUCUCUGAGAAGCGUGAUGCCAUCCAGAAAGGCUUGGAGACGCUGAAGGAGGUCAAUGAAGAGUUUAACGAUUCAACGUUUGAGGACCUAGUACCAUCCGCGGCGCAGAUCGAUGACUUGCAAGAUUUGCAGGACUAUAUGAACUUCCAGUACUCGCAACAGCUAAGGGACGUCAGCAUGCACGAGGCUGAGACGAACGGCACGCAAAAGCGAGCCAGAGGCACCCGGAAUAUCUGGGAUAAAGUGCGUGCCGGCCCUGCUUACCAUCUGGUGCGCGGAUUCGGUAUCACAGCGGAUGGCGUGGCCCAGAAUAUCGAGAAGACCGGACGCAAAACCUACACGGACGACAUGGAUCAACGGCCGGAUGACUUUGCGGACGCACUUGUCCAAGAGCCGGACUUCAGAACGGGUGAGGACGUGCUGACUGCGGCUAAAGCCAUGUUUAUCGAAGAGCUUGCGAAUAACCCACGACUGAGACGGCACAUGCGCAAGAUCUAUUACGGGCAAAUCGUCUUCGACGUGCACCGCACGGAGAAAGGCCUCAAGCAGAUCGACGAAGAGCAUCCAUAUUACGAGUUCAAGUACCUCAAGGCGCAGGAGAUCGCGCAUUUGCUUGACAAGCCAGAGCUCUUUCUACGGAUGCUGCAGGCCGAGAGCGCUGGACUGAUCGAGGUCAAUGUCCGCUUGCAGUCAGAGAGGCGAGUCAGGGAUGAACUGUACAAGGCCAUCGAAUCCGACAACUUCUCUGAAGUCGCUGACGCGUGGAACGCUCUACGGCGAGAGUGCGUUGAUGCGGCGCUGAAGAAGCUGCACAAGAUCAUGUCUCGAGGUGUCAAAGAUACUGUCAAGAACGAAUGCGAGAACAGGAUCGCAAUGGAUUGUCGUAAAGAGUACACCCUCCGUCUAGACCAGGCACCAUUUCGGCCGGAGGGCAUGGAUCUAGGUACUGUCCCUCGCGUGCUUGCGCUUUCGAACGGCUCCGGCAACCGCGACGACGCGAUUUGCUGGGCCUACAUGGAGGAAAGCGGGCGUGUGCAGGAGAACGGCAAGUUCACAGACCUCCGUGGUGGCAACGAAGAAAAGUUCAUACCUGCCGGCAAAGACAUCCCGCUCUUUAUUGAGCUCGUGGAGAGACGGAAGCCGGACGUCAUUGCUGUUUCCGGCUGGUCGGUCGAGACUAGGAGUCUGUACAAAGACUUGCAGCAGAUCGUCUCUGACCACAAGCUCAUGGGCGCGGUCUGGGACGAUGCGGUCGAAGACCGCGAGCGCCAGGAAUUGCUCGAGGUUGUCAUUGUCAAUGAUGAGGUCGCCAGGCUCUACCAUACCAGCAGCCGGGCUGAAAGGGAGUUCCCGUCCAUGCCGCCGCUGACACGAUACACCAUCGGCUUGGCGCGAUACAUGCAGAGCCCGGUGAAAGAGUAUGCGGCGCUAGGCAGCGACAUCAGAUCCAUCAGCUUCGAUCCGAACCAGAACUUGAUUCCGGAGGAUAAGCUGAUGCGCUGGCUCGAGACGAGCAUGGUUGACAUGGUCAACCUCGUCGGCGUGAAUAUCAAUGAGGCGCUGGACGAUACGUACAAUGCCAAUCUGUUACCUUAUAUUGCUGGCUUGGGGCCGAGGAAGGCUCAGCAGAUGCUGAGCGCCAUUGGUAAGAACGGCGGUGAGGUGAUUAGCCGCGCGGACUUGGUUGGUGAUGUGGACCGCAACCUACGUCCAGCGGUGGGUCCGGUAUGCUGGACGAACUGCGCGAGCUUCAUCUACAUUAACUACAAUGACGUUGAAGGCGAUGGACCGGAGGCUGAUUACCUGGACAACACCCGUAUACACCCCGAAGACUACGAUCUCGCGCGGAAAAUCGCCGCAGACGCGCUCGAGCUUGACGAAGAAGACAUCAAGGCGGAAGUGGAUGAGAAUGGCGCCUCCGCGGUCGUUCGCCGCUUGGUGAAAGAAGAUCAGCAGGACCGCGUCAACGACCUCGUGCUCGAACAAUACGCGGACCAGCUGGAGAAGCAGAUGCGGCAACGCAAGCGCGCCACGCUCGAAACCAUCCGCGCCGAGCUGCAGAACGCAUACGAAGAGCUACGCCGCAAUUUCAACUUCAUCGGCAGCGACCAGAUCUUCACCAUGCUUACGGGUGAGACGCGCGAGAGCUUGCAAGAAGGCAUGAUCGUGCCCGUUGUCGUCAAGCGGACGUUUGGCGACCAUAUCGAUGUCAGGCUUGACUGCGGCGUGACGGGGUCGAUUUUGGAGAGUGAGUUUCCUGAGGAGAUCUACAAGGAGAACCGCGAGCCGAGGACGGUUUGGAGCAUACACCAGGUCAUUCGAGCAAAGGUCCUGCACCUAAAUCGGAAGGUCUUCGAGGCUGGGUUGACAUUAAGGGAGGCGGAAGUGAAGAAGUCUUUCCGUCGCCAAUUCGACCAUGGGCUAGAUGAAUGGGACGACGAGCUCGAGUCACGAGAUCGGAAAGAGGCGAGGAAAGCCGUCGACUCCAGCACCGGUCGCGCACAACGUGUGAUCAAGCACCCGCUCUUCCGUCCCUUCAACUCGGCGCAGGCGGUCGAGUAUUUAGGCCCGCUGCAAAGGGGCGAAUGUGUCAUUCGACCCAGCAGUAAAGGACCAGAUCAUUUGGCCGUGACGUGGAAAGUGCACGAGGGCGUGUUCCAGCAUAUCGAUGUGUUGGAGCUGGACAAGGAAAAUGAGUUCUCCGUGGGCAGGGUAUUGAGGGUGGGGGGCAAGUGGAGCUACAGUGAUCUCGACGAGUUGAUUGUGCUGCAUGUGCGGGCGAUGCUGAGGAAGGUGGAGGAGAUGAUGGGGGAUGAGCGGUACCAGAGUGGGUCGAGGCAGCAGACCGAGCAAUGGCUGGAGACCUACACCGAGGCGAACCCGAAGCGAAGCAUGUACGCCUUUUGCCUGAACCCGAAGUACCCAGGCUACUUCUAUCUAUGCUUCAAGGCCGGCCGCGACGCGCCCUUAAGCAAUUGGCCGGUGAAGGUUAUCCCGAAUGCUUUUGAGCUUCAAGGUAACAAGUACCCAGACAUGAGGGCGUUGAAGAAUGGGUUCAAGUUGCUGUUUGCCAACAAGGGACCGGGUGGUGGAGGUGCUAACGGGGUGCCGAGGCGGUGA